UUGAAACGCCCGAGUUACUUUCUAAAUUCUCUUGGAUCCCUGAUGACUUUACAUUUUACAAUCAGACAUCCAGCGAGAAUCACUUUUACGGAUUUUUCCUCGUAAACACGUCCGAUGUUAUAUCACAAACGCCGGGAGUGCCGGAGAUGGCGGUUAGUGUUGUGAAGUAUCUUCUGAUUGUUUUCUUCGUGUACUAUCAAACUCUCAAUGUAAUAGCACAAAACAAGCCUGCACCUCCAAAGACACUUCAAGAUCUGUUCAACAGCAGCUCAUGUGCUAAACCUCCGUUCACGUGUCCCCAUCCACAAAUAGAGUUCUACUUGUAUACAAGAACGACUCAAAAAAAACCAGUCCUCCUUGACGUCCGGAAUUAUUUCUCUUUGGAUUCGACCACGUUUAACAGUUCUCAUCCAACCAAGAUUAUAAUUCACGGUUUCGGAGGAGGAAGAAAUUUAGCACCAAGUACUGAUCUCAGAAAUGCAUACUACCAACGGGGUGACUACAAUAUAAUAAUUGUUGAUUACGGUUCAUUGGUGCGUGAACCAUGUCUUUCGCAAAUGCAAUGGGGACCGGAUUUUUGUUCGCGAUGUAUUGCUCAAUUGGUGAGGUACUUGAGGGAUCACCCACGAGGCGUCCCAGUGGAGAGCAUCCACGUGCUGGGAUACAGUGUUGGUGCUCAUAUAGGCGGCUUGAUAGCCAACCACUUACCCGAUGACAAAUUAGGAAGGAUCACGGGCCUAGAUCCUACGAUAUUCUUCUAUAUGAAUGGCAACAGAUCACGAGACCUGGACCAAACAGACGCUCAUUUUGUCGAUGUGAUCCACACGGGAGCAGGAAUCCUUGGGCAGUGGGGCCCAACUGGACAUGUGGAUUUCUAUGUGAACGGUGGAUCAAGUCAGCCCGGAUGCGCCACUUCCUCAAUUCUUCAAACUUUGUCGUGCGAUCAUACCAAAGUAACUCCUUACUACAUCGAGUCCAUCACAACAAAAGCAGGAUUCUGGGCAGCACCUUGCGCAAACCUAUUAUCGUACCUGAUAGGAUGGUGCAAUCCAGCAGAUCACGAAUGGAUUCUGAUGGGAGAGGAUACCCCACAUACCGCACGAGGAAUUUACUAUCUGUCAACAAACGCACGCAAACCGUACGCCCAAGGACUACCCGGAAAAAAGCUACACCAGAAAAGUCGGAAGCAAUUGCCUUACCGCCAGUAUUAAGUUUAUUAAAACAGUUAAUUAAUAUUCUGAUAGAAUAAAUAAGUUGAAUCAAAACUAUUAUAAUUAGAUGUAAUCUAAGUUUCACGUAUGUUGUUUGCAUUUGUGACAGUCACAUUUAUUUUGUUACAUU